AUGACAAUUGAUAAAGCUAUAGAGUGCUAUGGAAUGCUAUCAGGUAUUGUGACAACCUUGAUAAAGCUAGAGAAUGCUACCAGGUCUUUGUUGUCUGUAUUACCUAUACUCCUUGUCUGUCACAAUUUGAUCAUCAUUACGGCUCCUUGCUCAUCCUCAUUGCCUCUGCUUGCUCGUACCCGUAUGGAUCAUCAAGAUCGAGAAAUUGUUAUUAAUAGAUGGUUUGAUUUGCGUCGUAGAGCUGUAGCUCAACUUAUGUGUGCAAUUGUUUACCUUUAUGUGAAUUUGGAGGGUUUUGAUGCUCCUCAUUUUGAUUUUACUGUACCUGAAACACAAUCAUUAGACCCUUCUCCUAUAGCAAGUGGUAGUAAAAAGAAGAAAUUGAAAGUGGCUAAGAAUAAAGAGUCAAACAAUGAAAUGAUUGAAAUGAAAGAGUCAAUGAAUAUGGUUGCUGAGGCACUACGAGAAGGAAAUGAAAUAAUGAGAGAACGUCAAAAAUAUGAUCUGCCUCCAAUUUCUGGUCAAGAAACAUGGAAUUUAAUAGAGGGUUGCGGGUGUGAGGCAGCGUCAUUGCCUGAGAUAUAUUGUGCUGUCAUGAACGAUGUUAACAAGCUUAGAAUGAUUCUCCAAUGUCCACUUGAAGCACGCAAAGCUGUGAUAAUGCAACUGGUCUUUGGUUUAUCUGAUUAA